AUGGAUCCGUGUCCGUACAUCAGAAUAGUCGUCAGAAGUUUAGGUUUAAAGUUCACCGGCGCCGGCGACGUUGCUCCGCUGUCUUCGGCGGCGUACUGUAAGAUUAAACUCAAGAACUACCCCACACAAUUGAGGUUUAUUCGGGUCGGAAAAGUAAUCCGGUUUAUGGGUUCGGGUAAGCUUUUGGGUGUUGUGAUGGUGGGUUUGGAUUCUGAGGCGGUUGAGGGUGGUGGUGGUUACCAGGGGUGUGUGGUGGUGAGAAACGGGUGGGUGGGGAUUGGUGACCGGUGUUCGAAAAGUAUGGUGAAUUUGCAUUUGAGUAUUGGGAUCGAGCGUGACCCAAGAUUUGUUUUUGAAUUUUAUGGUGAACCCGAGUGUAGCCCAAAAGUGUUUCAGGUUAAUGGGAAUGUUCGCCAAGCGGUUUUCACUAGCAAGUUCAGUUUCAGAAGCAAUAGAGAUCAGAAUUUAAGAUCUGAGUAA